AUGACUUCCAACACUGUCCCUCUGCCUGCUCCGGCCGUCGCCAUCAAUGACACUUCCUUCCCCACCGCUGCAUUCUCACCAGUUGUCUUCUCGCACAAAAUCUCAGUCAAGCUUGACGACAAUAACUUUCUUCUAUGGCGUCCGCAGGUGUGGUCUGCUAUUAAAGGCCACGAUCUUGAUGAUUACAUCGAUUCAGCUGUGAUUCCUCCCAAGAAAUUUCUGACUGACUCUGAUGCCCAAACUGGCGCCAUCAAUCCUCUCUACAAACAGUGGGUAAACACAAGAUCAACUUCUAUAUUCUUGGUUGCUCUCCUCUAUGUCCAAAGGCGUGCUUACACGAGUUGUUGGAAGCUUAACUUCAGCUCAUAUCUGGAACACAUUGGAGAUCGAUUGGGUUCCGUCGGCCACGUUGUCUCUGUCAAAGAACACAUUGUAGCAAUUUUCAAGGGUCGUCCUCCAGAAUACAACACUUUCGUAAUCUCUAUUAAUUCAAGAAAUCAACCCUACACAGUUGCUGAAAUUAAAUCACUCCUCCUCUCUCAAGAACAUCGCAUGGACAUCCACAAUCGACCAAUCGACUCUGUAAAUCUCACCACUCAAAGGGGAUUUCGAGGCAGAGGUUCCUCUUCUUCAAUUCAUGAAUCAAGACCGUCCACUUCCACUCUUUCAAACUCCUCUUCUCUCGGUAGAUCUACUGGGCGUGGUUCAUGGAAUCCUUAUGCGGUGGCCUCUUGCACUUCAUGUUCUUCUGGUUUUUCAUAG